AAUGUUCAAAAAUACAUAAUGGAUGCAAUGUUCAAAAAAAUACCUAGACAAAAUUUGAAAAUUAGCGAUAAGAAAUCAAUCUAUAAUGAGAAGAUGAACACUGUUUUGACAACACGUUUAAUGGAUUUAUUAUUACAACCCAUAUAUGCAGACAGUUUGGUUGACAAAAAGGUGUUACCAUCCCAACAG